AUGACAACAGAUAAGAAGACUGGAAUUGCCUUGCCAGAUCUUGGAGAAAUCGAAAAGGCAAUUCCAAAAGACUGGUCAGAAAUUGAUAAUCCAUUCGAAGAGGACUCCAAGACCAUGUUCGGAAGGUUAGACUCACAACCAGAUUCUGUCUUCUACACCGACCCUCGUUUUGUGGAACAUGUUGAUACCAACGCUGUGCAGAUAUUGACAGACUAUGUUACCAAUGAGGCAGUACAUGACGGCGACUCAUGUCUGGAUCUUUGCUCGUCUUGGACCAGCCAUCUCACGCCUUCGUCCAAAAAGCUAACAAGAUUUGCUGGCUUGGGAAUGAAUUCAAAUGAACUCGAAGCUAAUGGCGCUCUCACAGACUUCAUAGUUCAAGAUUUGAACUCGAAACCAAAACUUCCUUAUGAAGACAACAGCUUUGACACAAUUCUUUGUCAGCUGAGCAUUGACUACCUCGUCGCUCCUCUCCAACUUUUGAAAGAAACCAGUCGGGUGUUGAAACCAGGUGGCAAAGUGCAUAUUCUCUUUUCGAACCGGCUCUUCCUCUCCAAGGCUGUUGGGCUCUGGACAGGAGCAGACGAUGUUGAUCAUGCAUACUAUGUGGGGUGCUAUCUUCAUUUUUCUGGGGGAGACUAUACAGACAUAGCUGCCAGAGAUCUGUCGACAAGGAAUGGCAAGAAAAUGAUAAUUGGUGACCCGGUCUACGUUGUCUCUGCCACUAAGAAAGUUUGA